AUGCAUACAAUCACCGCUUCUUCACUACAACAGAAUCCGCAGUACGAUCCCAGGCCGCAGACGAGCUAUUCAGACACCGGCUUCACUAGGCCGGCGUACAGCCAAUCGGCAGACAAUACACCAGACCAGACACCCUUACAGAACGGCAAUGGCUUGAGCAGACCGCCAAGCACACAGGGUCAAGGGCAGCAGUACGGUCAAAAUGGGCAGGGAGAGAGGCAGCAAGCCCAGAAGAACUCGAGUGUGGUCAUCAAGGUUGGCAUGGUUGGCGAUGCGCAGAUCGGCAAGACUAGCCUGAUGGUCAAGUAUGUGGAGGGCAGCUGGGACGAGGACUACAUACAAACGCUCGGUGUCAACUUCAUGGAGAAGACUAUCUCAAUCCGUAACACAGAGAUCACCUUCUCAAUAUGGGAUCUGGGCGGUCAACGCGAGUUCGUCAACAUGCUCCCUUUAGUCUGCAACGAUGCGGUUGCUAUCCUGUUCAUGUUCGACCUUACGCGGAAGUCCACGCUCAACAGCAUAAAGGAGUGGUAUCGGCAGGGCCGAGGCUUCAACAAGACCGCCAUACCCUUUCUCGUCGGCACAAAGUACGAUCACUUCGUCAACUUCCCCCGAGAAGAGCAGGAAGAGAUCAGCACGCAAGCACGACGUUUCGCGAAGGCCAUGAAGGCGAGCCUAAUCUUCUCGAGUACCAGCCACAGUAUCAAUGUGCAGAAGAUCUUCAAGAUAGUGCUCGCAAAGGCUUUCGACCUACGUUGCACGAUACCGGAGAUUGAGCACGUAGGCGAGCCGUUGUUGCUGUACCAGUCAGUCGGCUGA